AUGCGUGCGUGUGUGCAAGGCGCACGUUCCGGAGCCGGACUACAGUCCGGAGGAGUUUGGACAUUUAUCUGUUUGGGCGGUGGUGGAAAGGUCUGGGUGUUCGUCUUUUUGUUGGUGAUGAGCAGGAGAUCGCUGCAUGGAACAAGGAGUGGGAGCCAUGGCAGUGCAGCAAUGUUCUGGUCUCAGAGGGGUAGGACUGGGGUGGAUAGACGUGGGGAUGAAAUGGGACGAAGUGGUGGAAUAAAUGAUUCGUUCGCUGAGUUCGCUGUGUGUGGGACGUACGUGGAGAAGAACGUCCCUGGCAAGGGCACAAACCUUUGCCGCCGCUGCGUGGGGCUCUCGGGUCGUGUGGUUGGUCGUGUGUAA